UUUUUUCGGUCUCCGUAUCAAAAUUCGCCGUUCACAUCCCGAUAACUGCACCGCAUAUACAUAAUACACAAGACAGUUUCUCGUAGAGCAAUACACAGCAAAGCUGCAAGAAAAGCGCAUCAGAGAGAGAGAGAGAGAGAGAGAGAGAGAGAGAGAGAGAGAGAGAGAGAGAGAGAGAGAAGAGGGACAUCGAUCGGCGCGCAGUCGAGACAUCUGCUCUCCACUCGGCCUAUUAUUGGAGACUCGUUGAGGGGAAGGAAACCCGGAGGAAAGCGUAGAGGUAGAGCGAGAGAAAGACCGAGAAAGCGCUGAGGGAAGGGGAAGUCCGCCAUCUUGUCUGCGCACAUACACACACGCGCGCACAGAGGCCCCUAUACGUAGUCCGUGUGUCACUGCUGCUGCUACGCUGCUUUCCAGAAUCCAGUCUGUGGCCAACUUCGCGCUCACAACGAUCGUUGCUCGAUCGACGGCAGCAGUUCAGUACAUCAUCACAUCGUAGCAGCAGCAGCAGCAGCAGCAGCCGAGUAUCGUCGAGGAGGCGGAGACUAGCUCUUCGACGAGGAUUAUAAUAUAGCAGCAGUUGUGUCGUGUAGUGUGCUUCCAUUGCUUCGUGCGCAGCGUCCCGACACACCGAAGAAGCGAUAAAUCACGCGGCCCUUUCACGCUAUCAAAACACCGUCGAAAUAAGGGUCCAGAUACAGGGGAAGAAUGUGUUUAUCUUGAAUUUCACGCCGGUGCACGCGAGCAAACAAUCUCGGAUAUGCAAGUGUGGGUGCAGCAGCGCAGAAAACGCGUGCGCGUGAGUCUCGCCUUCAGGUAAAAGGACGUCGCGGCGGCGUGAAAAAGCAGCAGCGCCCACCACAGCCCACGUCAUCGAAAUCGCGGCUCUCGCUGCUCUAGGCCGAAUCCAAAACUGACGUGGUUGCCUAAGCUCGGAGUGAACAGCAGGAGAGAGCAGGAUGGUGGACUACUACAGGAUCCUCGAGGUCAGCCGGACUGCCACCAACGGCGAGAUCAAGAAGGCGUACAGGAAGCUGGCGCUGAAAUGGCACCCGGACAAGAACCCAGAGAACCUCGAGGAGGCGAACAUACGUUUCAAGGAGAUCUCCGAAGCUUACGAAGUCCUCAUUGAUGAGCGAAAACGAAGAGUCUACGAUCAGUAUGGCAAAGAGGGCUUACAGAUGCCGGGCGGCAAGAGGCGACACGAGGAGGACUUCGACUUCAACUUCGACAGCUUCGUCUUCAGAGAUCCCGAGGACGUGUUCAGGGAGUUCUUCGGCGGAAAUUCGCCUUUCGAUGACUUGUUUGCCGGUUUACACGGUCAUUCGCGAGGCAACAGGCACAGUCAUCCCGUCAACACUUUGAGCACAUCCUUCUUCGGCCCGUUCGGCUUCUUCUCAUCACCGUUCGGCGACAUCUUCGGCGCACAAAACGGCAUGGCCAACUGCACCUCCUUCAGCACCCUCACCAACUUUGGCGGACCCAGCGGUGGACACGCCGAGAUGAAGCGGACAAGCACGUCCACGAGGUUCAUCAAUGGCAAAAAGAUCACCACCAAGAAAGUCUUCGAGAACGGCAAAGAGACCAUCAUGUCCUAUGAAAACGACGUCCUGAAAUCCAAGACAGUGAACGGAGUGCCUCAAUCAAUAACGUUUGACGAAUCCGCAUCAUCCACAAGUCGUCCAGUGACCGACAAAGCCGCCGAUAUCAAAACACCGACGAUCAAUCCGACAUCGAAAGGUAGCAGGUUAAAGACCCAUCACCACCACCAUCAUCCGCACACCACAGGUCACAAGCACGAAAAGAGUAAGAGGAAGACACUGGACUAAGAUAAGUCAGCUUUGUGAACUAUUGCAACGACUCGUGAGAUACCCCUUAAACGUUUUGGCUUCCAAAGCAGAGCAAUUGUUUUUAACACGUUGAUCGGAUUUCAAAGAAACGGCAGCUCUACUCCGGCUAAUCUACAGUUCCAGUAACAAAUUUUAUUAUACUUUAGAGGAUUAUGUAACGCGUCAGACAUGCGCAGACAGAGAAGCUUACAGUAAAUAAAAGAAACUCAGCAUCGUUAAAAGAUGGAAUUUCACGUGGCGAUGACAGACAUUUUUUGGUAAUAACGUAAUGUAUUUAAUAAUAACUGGAAUAUUACAGCUAAUUUAUUUAAAAAAUCAUAACGACUUAACCGAACUGAUAAAAUAAUAUUCCUAUACGAUAAUUGAAAAUUCUUCAAGUGAAACAUCAAAAAACGAUUAGAUCUUGUUUUAUACGAUACCCACUGAUAAAAGUUGAUCAUUAAAACCUUGUUUCAUGAAAAAAAAUGAUACACGUUUUAUUGUUUUAGAUGAAUUAUAAUUUUUUUAUCAUUUUUUUUUUCAUUUGGCUUGAUUACAAAGCUUUUAUAACGAUAAAAAGUCUUUAUCGAAUUAACUUUAUCGCUGUCCCUUGAUGAGAAAGCAGUAGGUGAGAGUUAAUUUCAUUGUAACACAUUGUAUUUAUCGGCAAAGCGAUAAUCCGUCGUCGUAUAUCGGGAAGCUGCUGCUACCUGCUGGACGGCGAGUGGUCGAAAAGGACGAUAUUUAGUCCUCGUUUAAUAUUUAAACACACGCGGUCAUGUUACACAUUACUAUACAUACCGAUGAAGCAAAACUUGAUGUGAGUGUGUAAGCAUAUAGCGAGAGAGAGAGAGAGAGAGAGAGAGAGAGAAAGGGAGAGAAAGUGAAAGAGUGAGAAUGCGAAAGGGGAAGAGAGAAAGAGAAAAAGUUCCAAGCUUGUAUAUCGACGGAAGCGGAGAGAUAGGCGGCGAAGAAAUUUUCGAGAAAAGUGGUGAGAUAUAUAUAUAAUAGUUCUUAGCGGCAUAUUGUAAGGCGAAUCGAUGUGAACGGAACAAUUUUUUCGUGUCUAUUGGUUCGACUCUGAAAUAUAAGUUUGAGGCAGACAACGGAAACUGAUCUGUUGUACAAUCGUGUGUGUGCUCGUGUGUAGUUACGUGAUUUCUUAUAAUAUGAUUAAAUGAAAAUGUGCGUUUUAGAGAACGAAACAUGUGAUCCCACUGCGCGAUUGGGUCGUUCGUAGUAGCCGGUCAGCUUCAGAGAACUGACAGAUUUGAGUAUAAUUCUUUUAAGUGAAACGUAGACUGGUACAAAUGAAGCUCGUUAUUACUUUUUAUUUCUCUUACUCGUUCGAUGGAGCGCAAAUAAAAAAGAAUGUUGUCAACCUGCCGAGUUCUUCAAAGUUUUUUGCGUCCGUUGAGACACAUUGUAAACGAAAGACAAAAUCAAUCAUACACGUGUAUGCGAGUCGAGCGAUCAAUCUAGUUUUUACGUUCUUUUUUUCGUUUGUAAUUUGACUACUUUUAUAAGGCACAUCACACGGACCUUCAGAUUCCGAAGUCGAAUUAGCGAUAUAAAAGCAAAGAAUUAAAUUAAUGUAGAAUUGCAAGCGAGCAAGUGCACACGUAUUUUUCCUGAACUUUUUCUCCCUAUUAUUUAAGUUGUAUCUCAUUCUGCCCCCCAUCUCCCCCUUAAGUAAAUAAUUGCGUAUGUGUAUAUAAAGAUAAGGAACAGUGUUAAGCUUAAAAUAUAUUAUUAUCAUUCACUAAA